AUGGAGGUGAUUCGAAACGUUGCCAUUGCAGGGGCUUCCGGGUCCUUGGGCUCCCCUAUUUUUCAUGCACUUCUCCAGAGUGAACUCUUUAACGUGACUGUUCUAGCACGCCUGUCGUCCCAAGCACACUUCCCCGCCUCUGUCACGGUACUCCGCGUGGAUUACGCCUCGGUCUCAGACUUGACAGCAGCUCUGACCGGUCAGGAUGCCGUGGUCUCGGUCCUGACAACUAGUGCCAUGGAGACACAGAUCCCGCUGAUUGAAGCCGCAGUGAAAGCUGGAGUGAGGAGGUUCCUUCCUUCCGAGUUCUGUGCGAAUAUCGGCAAUCCCAAGGCGGCCAGUUUGCCUGUCUACCACCGGAAGCUCGCGAUACAUGAGGUCAUCCAGCAACAGGCUCGGGACCAUCCCCAUUUUACAUACACUUUAAUUCGCAACGGGCCUUUCCUCGACUGGAGCCUAGCCUAUGGUUUCUUUUUCAAUCUCAAGGGAGGAUCGACACCCUUUUAUGACGGCGGGGACCGUCCGUUUAGUACAACCACCUUGGCGACGAUUGGGUGGGCUGUGGUGGAGGUCCUGCGUCACUUGGAGGAGACGCGGAACAGAGCGGUAUUUGUUCAAGACGUUGUCAUGACCCAGCGAAAGUUGCUGGCCAUUGCCCAGAAGGUUGCACCGGAACGCAAAUGGACCCCGACAGAUGUGACCACCGCCGACAUGGAGACCAUGGCGCGGGAUAAAUACGCGAACGGGACGAUGGAUCUGGCAGCCUCAAUAGGAUUCUUUUGCCGCUCGGUCUUUGGGGAAGGAUACGGGGGAGAGUUCCAGGAGGUGGACAAUAAACUACUCGGCAUAUCAUUGAAGACGGAUGCUGAUAUGGAGGAAUUAAUGCGGGGAGUUCUUUCCGAUGACCACUAG